CUGGAUAUACACAGGGCACAGAGGCUUUUACCUGUUCCCUGCGCUGCAGAAGUGACAUGGAUUUACCAGUCUCUUUGUUACGUUAAAGCUCUAGCAUCAAGUGCUAGCAGAUAAAAGCAGAGCGGUGGUACAGGACCUAUAGUAACUAACGCUAUAGCAGCAAACGUCUAAAAACUUGUAAUGUUUUUUUGCAGUUAUUGGGGAGCCCCCAGAAAAGUCAGAAGCCUCCAGAAGAAUCCUGCUCCGGGCACUGGCCCUCUCUUGCAUUGGGAAUACCAGCAGCAGGUCAUCAGCGUAUCGCCCAAGCGGAAGAGCAAAUCCGGGCGGAGGAGCCGGUCCCCGCGCGGCAGGAGGAGCCGGAGCCCGCACCACGCCGCCGUCAGGGUGAAGCAGGAGCGAGAUGACCACUGUCAUAGAGGAAACGAGGAGCGAAAGCAGAGGUACCCAUCAGAGCAGGAACACAGGAGGGAGAGGAGCGGUGACAGAGAUAGACACAGAGACCACUCAGACAGAAGGAAGAAUCCGAAUGAACGGCCCGGAGUUCGAGGCCACGAGCGAGAGAGGGAUGUUCAGAACAUCCGUGAGCAGCAAGCAGAGAGGGAGUUCUAUAACGAGAGAAGACGAGAGCAUCGGCAAAAUAACGAAGGCAGCGGUGUCAACCAGAAUCCAGAACUUGGGCAGUCCGAUACUAAACCUAAAGAAAAAGCUUCUGUGAACAAAGAGAAGCCGAGCUUUGAACUGUCGGGCGCGCUCCUGGAGGAUACCAACACUUUCCGAGGUGUUGUGAUCAAGUACAGCGAGCCUCCCGAAGCUCGGAUCCCCAAGAAGCGGUGGCGCCUCUAUCCUUUCAAAAACGACGAGUUCCUCCCUGUCAUGUACAUCCACAGGCAGAGUGCUUACCUCCUGGGCAGGCACCGCCGCAUCGCCGACAUCCCCAUCGACCACCCCUCCUGCUCCAAGCAGCACGCCGUGUUCCAGUACCGGCUGGUGGAGUACACGCGCGCCGACGGGACCGUGGGCCGCAGGGUGAGGCCCUACAUCAUCGACCUGGGCUCCGGGAACGGCACUUUCCUCAACAACCAGCGCAUCGAGCCGCAGCGCUACUACGAACUGAAGGAGAAGGACGUGCUGAAGUUUGGGUUCAGCAGCAGGGAAUACGUCCUUCUCCACGAGUCUUCGGACAAAUCUGAGGCCAACACAAAGGACGAUGAUGAGGAGGAGGAGAAGGAGGAAGAGUCUGACAGUUAACGGAUGAGGAGGAAAUGGGGGGCAGGGGAGAGAAGUUCUUUGCAACUGAACAUGCGUUGGGAUGUAAACACGGAGCAUCGCAGCACCGAUGCCUCUUACUGCCUUAAAGCCCUUUUCUGUUGCUGAUCUGUUCUCACCGUUUAUUUUGGGGGACUUCACUGAUUGCUCAUCUUUUGAUAGUUCUGCAUAUCGGGAAAUACAGCUUUUUUUAAAUUUUAUUUUUUUCCCUGCAAUAAGCAAAAGAGCACCUGGAUGCGAAAGCUCUGACGCUGGGACUAUUUAGCAGAUGUGGAAAGACUGUCCUCUUAUAGGAAACCGUGUAAAACCACAGCUGGCAUAUUUAAAAUUGUUUUUAUUGACUGUUUUGUCAUAGCCCUUUGGAAAUGCUACUUAAUUGAAGCGUUAGUUAGAAAGUGACCCCAUGCACUUUGUAACGCCGUCUUGUUUGUUCACCAAAUUCCUCUGCCUGUCAGGAUUUCUAGACAGCAGAAUUUACCAGGCUCGCUACUAAAAUUUAGGCAGAAAUGUUGCAAAGCCGCCCCCAAUCCUUGUAUUUCUGUUUCGGGUACUUAGUUUGCCCUGGGAUAACUUUCCGUGAGGGGCAUUUCACUGGAAAACGCUGCCUGAAAACUACAGGGGAACCCGAGCGAGAAGUUAAAGGCUUCCUGGGCUUUCGGGUGGCGAUGGGGUGAACGGGGGGCUGAGGUCCCUUCGCCCCCCACGAUGCUGAAGCUGCCCCUGGGGGUUGAGUGUCCGGCUCCGAGCCUGGGGCCUUUCUCCCGGUACCGCCUCGGCCCCGCGCGUAACCAACCCCUCCUCGGUUUUGUUUGUGUUCCGCAUAAACCUUGUAGGUGGUGACACGUCUGACCGGAGUUUGCACUAUUUGAGUUGUAUAACUUUUUAUAAGGAGUCGCUUGUUUAAAGUAGUCUUCUCCCCUGUAAAAGAAAACAAUGCUUUAGCAAGAGAAAAUCCAGUCCCACUCGCUGACCGUACCUGCCUCUGGUGUGUUUUUGGGUCUCUCCCCACUGCUCGCUGGUGUAAGAACUGUACGUUUUCCACACCGUUUACUAAUUCUCCGGGUGUUUGUUGUGUGGGCGCAGCCCUGCCCUCGCCUGUCGCGCGCAGGGGCCGGGGCCUUGCUGUAAAUACGGGGCACGGACGGAGGCUUUCAGGCCGCGCAGAAGGAGUUCUGGUGGCCCCGAGGAUCUCCUUUAUAUACGCUCGGGGGGUUUUUAAAUAAAGAAUUUGUAAAUUUAGCCCGAAUUACUUUAAGUUGUCAGAU